UUUUUAAAAGGGAGAGUGAAGAGCAAGUCUUGUUCUUCUCUGGGUGGUGGGCACAUGAAUUGGACCUUGUUCCUAAUAGUUUGACCUUAGUUGGGAACAAAGUAAAACCAAGAAAACUUUUAACUUUAUCAAAUGGGACAUCAAGGUGAAAUGAGUUGGUGUUUGGUGCUCAUGGGGGUUCUGCUGUCGCUUGGUUCCCUGUGUUGGGGAGAGAAGGGCCUGGAGGUCCCCGAAUAUGAUGGGCAAGACCGUGUCCAUCAAAUGACCAACAAGAACUACAAGUCUGUGAUGAAGAAAUACGAUGUCAUGGUGAUCUACUUCCACAAACCUGUUGGCGAGGACCGCAUCUCCAGAAAACAGUUUGAGGUGGAGAAACUUGCUUUGGAGUUGAUAACAAGCCCCGCCGCCCUGACCUAUCAGCUCGCCGCUCAGGUGUUGGAUGAUCUUGAGGAUGAGGACAUUGGAUUCGGCCUGGUGGAUUCAAAGAAAGACAUUGCUGUUGCUAAGAAGCUGGGUCUGGAUGAGGUGGACAGCAUCUACAUCUUUGCUGAUAACGAGAUCAUUGAGUAUGAUGGAGAGCUGGCGGCUGACACACUGGUGGAAUUUCUCUAUGACGUGAUUCAGGAACCUGUGGAGAUCAUCAGUAAUGAGAGAGAGCUCAAAGGCUUUCAUAACAUCGAGGAGGAUAUUAAACUGAUGGGUUUUUUCAAGACCGAGAAGUCUCCACACUUCAUUGAGUAUGAUGAUGCAGCUGAGGAAUUCCACCCCUUCAUCAAGUUCUUUGCCACAUUUGAACCAAAGAUUGCUAAGAAAUUAAACCUAAAGCUGAAUGAAGUGGAUUUCUACGAGCCCUUCAUGAGUGAACCCGUCACCAUCCCUGGCAAACCCUACACUGAAGACGACCUCAUAAACUACAUUGAGGAACACAACAGACCGACUCUGAGGAAAAUGGAACCCCACAGCAUGUACGAGAUCUGGGACGAUGAUAUUAAAGGACAACACAUUGUUGCCUUUGCAGAGGAGUCCGACCCUGACGGUUAUGAGUUCCUGGAGAUUCUGAAGGAAGUGGCUCAAGAAAACACGGAGAACCCAAACCUGAGCAUCAUCUGGAUUGAUCCCGAUGACUUCCCACUGCUGGUGCCAUACUGGGAGAAGACCUUCGGCAUUGACCUCUCGUCUCCUCAGAUCGGCGUAGUGGAUGUGGAGGAUGCUGACAGUGUGUGGAUGGAGAUGGAUGAUGAGGAGGAUAUGCCCACUGCUGAAGAGCUCGACACCUGGAUCGAAGAUGUGAUAGCAGGAAAAAUCGAUCCUGAUGACGAUGAUGAUGACAAUGAUGAUGAUGACGAUGAUGAUGAUGACGAUGAUGAUGACAAUGAUGAUGAUGACGAUGAUGAUGAUGACGAUGAUGAUGACGAUGAUGAUGACAAUGAUGAUGAUGACGAUGAUGACGACGAUGAUGAUGACAAUGAUGAUGAUGACAACGAUGAUGAUGACAAUGAUGAUGAUGACAACGAUGAUGACGAUGAAGACAAUAACAAUGAUGAAGAUGAAGAUGAGUAAAUUCUUGUCUCCAUCUCAGACAUCACUUCAUCGUUUUGAGCACACAUCCACGACAUUCAUCAACAUCAGUUUAGUUUAGAAAUCAUCCAUCUAUUCAAGUCACCAUCACGAACUGAACUCUCAUUGACUCGUCUGACACAAUGUCUCAUUGUUUAAAUUACCGGCAUGGUCAUUGGACACCAGUAUGCCAACUUAUGCGUCAGGAACAAUUCAUCAUUUCGGGGAUCACUGUACUUUUCUGUCCUUAUACUUGGAAUACUUGAGUGUGAUAAAUGUGUGUGUGAGCAAAAGCAGCAGGGGCUUGCUAAACAAUACAACAACCUUGUUGCAAUAACCUAUUUUGUUAAUAGUUUUAUUAAUAUUAUUUGCAUUUAUGAGAGCAGAGUAAAUGAUGCUCACUGGAAAGUCUUAACCUUCCACCCUCUGGAAUGUCUAAACAAAAAUGUAAAGGAGAAAAUACAACAAGAAAAGUCAGUGAAACAAAUUGUCAAUGAGUCAUCUUUUCUGUGAGUUUCAAAUUGAGACACUAGUUUUUUGUACUUUUAAGAAUUAAUUUGUCACACCUCAGGACUAUGUACUAGAGGUCAACCGAUAGUGGAUUUUGCCGAUACCGAUAACUAAGGUGGAGUGAAAGGUCUAUAACCGAUUAAUCGGCAGAUGGUACUAUAUUAAUAGCCAAAAAAAUAACAUACUUCACCGUUAAAUGAGUUGGAAAUAAUUAUAUUAAUAAAUGUAUUUGACUAUUUUUUCACACCUUUUAGCUGGAUGGAGAUUCUGAGCCAUGUAUGCAAACCAAAGGUGACGGUAGUAAUAACAGUGAUACAAAUCAUGACAAAGAUCACCUGUAUCCAGUGAGCCACACUGAUAAUCAUGCCUCUAUGUUGGCCACCUCCACCCUAACCAACGCUGCUCCUCAGAAUCACAGUUCAAUCCGAAUACAUGGCUGGAACACGAGAAAGCUGUUAUUAAAGAUCUGAAAUCCUGUAAAGAGGCUUAUGUGGUGACUGACUCAACUAAUUAAGAAUAUAGUUACUGUGUCAAAGUCUUACUGGAGAGCCACCUGCAGUCAAAAGAAAAUAUGUUUAUAAAAUAUGAAUAGGGAAAGGCUACUAUUGACCUGACAACAACAUCAAAGUGCAGGAAUUACCAAUACGAGAACUUAAGAGAAUGAUCAAAUAUUUUUAUGGUGUAUCCAUUAUGAUUUUUCCAAUCAUACCACUUCGAGAUGAACAAUGGCUAAUGUUAAGCUGAUUUCACAUAAAUUUGCCGGUUGAGUUUCAUUGCCAACCUUCUUACUAGGCUCAGAUAAGGAUGGGGAGGUAUGUCAGUCUGUGGCAGGAGGGACACAAGGUCUUGUGGCUUUCUCUCGUGAGAAAAGAAACCUGCGACCGCAAUGUUCUCGCACUGAGAACACGAACCAUUCAUAAAAUGCUGCCUGCAUGUGAUCGCAGCCCAGGCACAUGAGGCAGGUUUUAUGACCGUUAGAAGUGGCAUAGGGGCGUAGACUGCACAGCGUGCAGAGAGAGAGAACGCCAACUGGAAACGCGCCGUAGAUCCAACAGCAGUGCUUAUCACCAGUAGAGGUGAGUGGAAGAGUGGUGAACUCAGCUUGCUGUUGCACAACCGUCCGGCUCCGAAGAAAAAUUCUGACUGGCACUCGCUGCCCUGCUUCCCUUCGCUGCCCGCUUCCCUUUAUACCCGUAUGUCCGGGGAGGGGCAUGCAAAUUCUAUCUGCCAACUUGACAUUGGCCUUUUCUCAGGUUGUGAAAAAGACCCCUUGUGUCACUUCAUUCGACACAAUGUCAAAACUUGGUGAAAGCUAUAGUGACAUUUUGAAAUGUAUUUUUUAAAUUGGCACUACAUGUGGCAAUAGUAAUGCAUUACACAUAAAAACAUAAAAGCAAAAGCAGUAAAGGAUAUUUCAGCAAAAUUAUAUCAGCAAAUUGAGAGUCUGAUGUUUUUGAUGAACUUACAGCAUUACUCAAGUUGUUAUCAAGACACACAGAAAUCAACUCUCGGCAUACAAAAUGCAACAAUGGUGACAAUAACCAAACAUACUUUUACGUAAAAAAAUAAAAGAUGAACAUAAACAAUGUCAAAAUAAACCAGUAAAUAUGAAAAUUUCAACAACAGUAGAUGGUAUGUAAUUUGACAGCUAUAUGCUGCUAAAUUACAGUUGUAUACUGUAGCUGUAAAAACAGGAUCUAGCUGUUAAUUUCAGCAACAUCAAGACACCGUAAUUUUACAGUAACAUACUGGCAACCCUAUUGCCAGUCCCUCCCUCAUGUGGUACCCUUCCUGCAGGCUCAUCCUGACAUGACCAUCCAGCAUGAUAAUGCCACCAGCCCCCUGUUCAGGGACACAUUAUUCCAUUUUUGUUAGUCAUAUGU